AUGUUAAAGUAAUUGCUAGUGGCAUGGCUGCUAGUCAGCGUGUCUUUACAGUUCAAGACGUCUGCUAGGACGUAGAUAACUCCUUUGGAGUCAAUUUUAUCAAUUGAUCCCUCUGGAUGGACUUGUGAAAGUCCAAGCUAUAAGGAGUAGUUGGGAGCAUAGCAUGAUAUUGAUUAAUGGAUAGACAUUGUCAAACACAAGGAUGGAUUUGAUGGAGAUUUGUAGGUUUUGGCUAUGGUCAAGGCUUUAGUUGAUAGAGUUUUGCUAACUGUCUAACAUAUUCAAGGAGGAUCGUUUAUUCAAGUCAAAUAGUUGCAUCAUCAGAUCUCAAAGCAUUUCAAAUCACUUUCUCAAAUCGAAUCUACUUCAUCCUGGUAUGAUAUUAACGAUAUUUUGGGAUACUUGGAAGUACUCAAUAAAGCAAAGAGUAUUAAUCAUAAAUCUAUAUGUUAGGUGAUGAAGACAAAUUAUAAUUGGCUUAAACCAUAGCUACCAAGAUCUCAGAAUUGAUCCAACAAAUAACUGAAAUCUAAUUGUAAUUAAAUACCAUUCCCAUUGAAAUUGAUUAACUCUAUGAUCUUGCCACAAGAGUCAACGAAAAAACAUCUUAAUGCAAGGAUUAAUGGGCCCCAUAAUUAGAAGCUGAUGCCAAAGCUGAGGAGGAAGAAAAAAGAAAAGAGUAAGAACAAGAGGAUGCCAGAUUAAAAGCAGAAGAAGAAGCAAAAGCAGCAGCUGAAGCAGCAGCAGAAGAAGAAAGAAGAAAGGAAGAAGAAGCCAGAGAAUUAGAAGAAUUGAAAAACAGAGUAGAUAUCACACCAGAAGAAGCUGAAUUAUUAGAAUAAUAAGCUGAGAAGGAGUUGGAAUUAGCAGAGGAAUUAGAACAUGAAGCAGAGCAAGAGUUAGAUGCUGCUAAGUAGGCUGAAUAAGAUGCUGAAACAUAGGCUGAAAAAGAUGCAAGAGAGGCAUAAGAAGCAGCUGAGAAAGCAGCAGAAUCAUAAUAGGUCUUAGAAAAUGCCCAAAAUAAGGAAGAAGAAGCUUGCUUAGAUGCUGAAGAAGCAUAAAGAAGAUUGAAGGAAGCUUAGGAGGCUGCUGAAGAAGCAAGAAAAAGAGCAGAAGAAGCUGAGAGAUUAGCUGAAGAAGCCAAGAAGGCUAAAGAAUGUGAACCAGUGCCUGAACCAGAAGAAGAAGUAGAAGAAGAAGUUGAGGAGGAAGAGGAAUUUGAAUGGGAAUCUGAAGAGGAAGAUGGUUGUGGAGAUGAUGUUUUGGAAGAUUUGAUUGAUACAUUGAUUGAUGCAGCAACAGGUCCAAGUGCUUAUUAACCAAGUUGUGGAUAUCCAGGAUGUUAAGAACAACCAAUCAUUAUUAUUGUUGAAGAUGAUGAGGAUGAACCUAAACCAUAACCAGAACCCUAACCUGAACCAGAACCUUAACCAGAGCCUGAAGAGGAAGUUGUUGUUGAAGAAGAACCAGAAGAGGAAGUUAUAGUAGAACCAACACCAGAUGAUGAAAAAGUUGAAGAAUAAGAAGAAACAGUCGAAGAAGUUGUUGAAGAGAUUGUUGAGGAAAUUGUUGAAGAGAUUGUUGAAGAAAUAGUUGAGGAGAUAGUUGAGGAAUUAGUUGAAGAGGAAGAUGACGAUUUCGGUAGAUUAGAAUUCCCAGAUGAACCAGAGCCAGUACCAGAAUUAGAAUAACUUGUUUAUACUUUAGAUGAGAGAACUGACAGUGUUGUUACAUAAGAGACAUCCCCUUGGGAAAAAGAUGUUGAGGAUGGACCUGAUAGCAGAAUCAAGACAUCAGUUGAGUACAGUUAUGGAUUAUGGACAUAUUUCAGAUACAAUGGCAAGGUUAAGAUUGCAGAAAAGAAGGAAGUCUUGGCUGUUGGAGGUUUGAGUGGAGAUGACACAAAUAGAUUAGUAACAACUAUUGGAGAAGGAUUCUAUAAUUUCUAAGUAUUUGAAGGAGAAGUUGUGACUGAAUUAUAAUUGGAUUAUGGCAAGUAUUUAGAUGCUGAAUGGAUUUAUGUCUAUUUCGGAUAUAAAGAAGGAAAAGCCAAUGGUUAUAUUUACUGGGGUAGAACUUAAGUCAUCAAGAGUGUCACAUUCACAGUUACUCAACCAGCUAUUGUUAAAACUAUUAAAUUCCAAUCUGGACUUUGGAAGGGAUUCAAAGGAUUCAACGGAGUUAUCACCAACGUUAGAGUUGUAUUAAACAAGAAUUCCUUUGUUGAGACAGAAGAAGAGAUGAAAAAUUUGAUUGAAACCAAAUACACUGUCCCAACAGACCCUGAGUUAGAGUAUUAGGAAAAAUAAUACUAUGAUAAGGUUGAAUAUGAUGGUUUGGUCGAUGAUCCUAAAUUCAAAUGGGAUUUAGAUGGAUACAGAGAAUAUUCAGUAUCCACUUGGUUUAGAUAUGUAAGAAGAUCCGAAAAAGCUCAUUAAGUCAUAUUUAGAUUCACAUCCAAUGAACCAGAAGUAGGAAUAAUUCCACAUGGAUUAAAAGCACUCUCAUUAUGGUAAACUGAAUAAAAUGAAUACCAAUUCUCUACAUAUACAGUUGAAGAGAAGGACAAGUUCAGUGACAUUGACGAGACAAUCAUCAUUCCUUAAGAAUCACAAUAAUUAUGGACAUAUGCAUACUUUGGAUAUAAUCAUGGAGAUUUCUCAUACUACAUGGAAUGGCCAGAUAGCAAAGCCGAAAAACAAUUCAAAGGUUGGCAUGUGGUCGCCAAAUAUUGGGCUCUCUAUUUGGGACAAGGACACUAGUUUUUCUUCCAUGGAAAGACAGCCUAUACAACAAUCAGAUUUGGAAAGGGUGCAUGGGGAUAUGCUACAGAUUUCGAUGAUUAUAAGACUGGUAAGAUUAAAUUAUGGCCUGGAGUAUAAUUGAAAACAUAUGAUCCUAAAUGGUUGAAUCACAAAACAGAAUCUGAAUAUGACACUUUACUUCACGAUGAGCCAGAUUGGGUAACAGAUGGUGUUUAUGAAUAUGGAUUCGGUAUGUGGACUAAAUUCUUCAUCACAAAUCCAUCAAGAAUUUAUGAGAAACCUGAGCGUAUUUUGGUUGGUAGAUUAGGAUUUACAGAUUAAGAUGAAGCUGAAUUUGCAGUAUAUAUCGGAAGAGGAAAUUAUGAAUUCUGGGCUGGUUCAGGAAGACCAGUUAAUUAUGGAAAGAAUUUGGAUGGAUAUUGGAAUUACAUCUAUUUCAGUUAUUCUAAAUUGAAGUAAAUUGCAGUCGGAUAUGUGAAUUUCAACAAAUUGAAGUAAGUUUAAAGAACAGUUUUCGAUCCAUUUGAUGCUGAUCCUGCUAACAAUUAUGUUAGAUUCUAUGUUGGAUCAUGGAAAUCUACUGUUUAUGGAUUCAAUGGAAGAAUAGCUCAUGCAGUUGUCAGAUUUGGUAGAGGAUCAUUUAUUAAUGAAAUUGCUGAAUAUGAAACAUGGAUUGAAUAAUACAAGGUCCCAGUUGAUGAAGAAUUAGGAACAAAGGAUUAUGAAAUCUAAGGUGCCGAUAACAAAGAUACUGAAACAUAUGAUACUUUUGUUUAUGAAGAUGGAGCAAUAGAAACAGAAUAAUACUCAGUCUAUGGAUGGUUCAAAUAUUAUGGUAGCUUAGAUAAUGCUGAUCCUUAAACAGUCAUUAGAUUAACCAAUAAUGAGCCAGGAUUCUUGAAAGAUGCUAGUUUAUUAGGAGAUAGAACAUUAUCAGUUAUUCAAAAAGGUGGAGAUAUGGAAAUUGGAACCUACGACAUUGGAUUCAUUGAUACCGAUUUCAAUCUUAAUAGAAAUACCAACAUUGCUUUGGGAGAAUAUAGAGGAAUUUGGAUGUACAUUUGGGUUGGAUAUUCCAGAUAAGAUGAAUAUGCUGGUUGGUUCUUUGGUUUCCCAGAUGUGAGCAAAGGUGGUUUAUUAAAGAAAGUAUUACACUUCUCUCCAAAAUACCUUGCUGUAUAUUUCGGAAAGGAUGGAAUCAAUAAAAACUUCGUUGGUAAAUCAAGACAUGUUCAUGCUUGUUAUGGCAGCACAUAAUGCUGGCACUAUGUUGACAAGGUUGAAGUCGAGGUUGAUCUUCCAGCUUGGAUCCCAUACAAACUUAAUAAUUACUUUGAAUUCUAUGUUCAAAAUGAUGCUGAUGCUUUGAUAUAUGCUAAAGAUGACCAACCAGCAUUGGAUGUUGAAUUCACAUAAGCUAAUUUCCCAGGAUCUGACAUUGAAGCCAUUUAUGAAUAUGGUAUUGGUUUAUGGACUAGAUGGUUGAUGAACUAUCCAUUCAUUUUGUUAGAAAAAGCUGAAUCUCACUCCAUAUUUAGAUUCACAACAAAUGCUUAAUAUGAAGAUGCUAAUAAGAAUGGAGACAGAACAGUAUCAGCAUUUGUAGGAAGAGGAGAAUAUAAGUUCAGUACUUAUGAUGCAGUUCUUGAUAAGAAUGAUAUCACAACAGGAACUAAGUUUGAUAAGGAAUUAGAAGGAUAUUGGAAUUUCGUGUAUUUCUGCUACAAGAGAAUUCCAACUGGACCAAAGGGUAUUGGAUAUGUGUAUCUUACUCAUUAAAAUGUUGUUAAGAGAGUCGAAAUUGAUAGUGCCAAACAUUGGUUGUUGAGAGAUUAUGCCAGACUCGUUAUUGGAAAGAAAGAAUUUGGACAUUCAGCCUUCUAAGGUAAAUUGUUUGAUCCAAGAGCAUUUUUGGGCAAGAACAGUUACAUUGAUUCAAGCGAAGAUUUACUCAAUGUUAUUGUACCCAAAUUCAGACCUUAUCCACCAUACAAAGAUAAAUAAGAUAACGAACCAGUCUAAGUAGAGAAAGCUAAGAUGACUUAAAGAGUGUUCAAAUCAUAUGAAGAGAAGUACAGUGGUGUCUUUGAAUACAGUGUUUAUGGAUUUGCUAAGGGUAAUAAAUUAAAGAAUGUCACUGAUUGGACUUCACUUGUCAGAGUCACAUAAAAUACUCCAGAUAUCUAAGCUGAUAAUGACAAUGCUGGAGAUAGAACUCUUUCCAUCUUCAUUGAUAAAGGUGUCUGGUAUUUCAGUACUUAUGAUUAUGGAGAUAUUGAAACUGCAGAUGAUGAUGUUGGUUCAAGUAUUUAUUUAUAUUUAUAUCUUUAGUCGACAAGAAAUUUGAAAUUGGUAAAUAUUGGGGUAAAUGGACAUACUUCUACUUUGGAUAUUCCUUCCAUCUUAAAUAAGCCUAUGCUUACAUUCGUUAAAUCGAUCAAACAGCCAACUCCUAUUUGUUUGAGGAGAUCUAUCACUUUGUUCCUAAUUAUUUGAGUGUGUUCUUCUCUGAGGAUGGCUAUGGCAAACAAUUUGAUGUAUUCAUCUUUCUCAUUUCUUUAGGGUGAAGCCUUUGAUUGGUACUUGGGUAUCGGCGAUGGUGCAUUUACUACAACUCCAGAACCAAGAGAGUGGCCAGUUGAUCCUGCACCUCCUCCUGAUAGAAUCUUGUCAGCUCUACUUGCCAACCAAGGAUUUAACUCAGGCAGAAUCAUCAAGGGUGGUGGAACAUUCUUAUAAGUCGAAGGAUCUGUCAAUUUAAUCUAAGAAAAUGAAGAAUGA